AAUUUGACCAAAUUGGUUCGGUGCGGUAUACAACGGGUCGGCCGAAAUCCAUCUCUAGCCUUCUUCCAUAUUCUGGACAGACCUUCGGCCCCUUCUUCCAUAACAGAUCGUCAGGUAUGUACCGCAGACCUUCCCUAUAUUUUGCAAAGCCGUUUGUGUGCCCGGCCAGUACACCGUUUAAAACCGACUAAGGAAUAUGAUUUUUACUGACCAUACUGUAUCAAGCACCGUUUUGAUCAGAUUGUUAAACCCUACUCCAAUCUCCUGAACGUUAAAUCUUGAUUGUAGUAGCAUGGAGAUCGAAGAAGCAGCGAUGAUAGUGAUCAGGUCAACGAGGCCAAACUUCAGAAAUCCCCAUGACAAGGUGGCCUUUGCCGUCCACGCUUCAUUUGUUGCUUCUGGCUUUGCUACCCUCGCCACUGGCGCCCCUGCUUUUUGUGACGAUCCCUUCUCUUCAUCCUCCAGUGAUGAGGUCGGUAUCGAUCACUGGAAUGAUUUUGAGAACAAAUACGCCUUCAUUUAUUCACACCGUCAGAGAAGGUCAAAGAAGGUGUUAGUUAAGUGCCUCGCUAUGAAUGACAAACUCCUUGUUGAUGCAUUGGGGGAGGGUGAUAAUGAGCGUCAUCAUCUCGAACUGAACAUUCAGGACUAUGUUGAGGACGGAGAUGCCAAUUACGACACCCACUAUAAGAAUUUCAGUAAGCUAGUUGAAGAAAUUACAACAAAAAUUUCAAACAAUUACAAGGUCUCUUCUGCAGUGAAAUCGUCCCCUCAAGCAUCAAGUUCUGAAAAGAGAGUUAUCAGAGACGAUGCUGAUAUGCCUUCGGGUUAUUCUCCUCCAGGAUAUGUUGUGCCUCCAAUACCUGCUUUCGGCGGCAGUGAUACUAUUCCUGCACCUGGUGCUGGAGUUUACCCUACCAGAGAUACCGGUGGCUAUGGAAGCAUGCUCGUAGGGCCCAGGGAUGCUCGUUUCUUCCCAAGGAUAGGUGGUGACGCUGCUUUUCCUGGGGGACUGCAGGGUGUACCACCAGGUGCUCGUUUUGAUCCAAUCGGUCCACCAGGUGUUCCUGGUUUUGAGCCAGGCCGUUUUAUCAGGGAUCCGAGUAGACCAGGAGGAAGUGGCAGAAAUCAUCCUGAUCUGGAACAUUUUGGCGACGGUUCAGAUUACAUAUAGCUGUUACUAGUUUUGGGAUAUGUGCAUAUUUAUCUAAACACCCCUACCCUUACCCCUACCCUCAUUCACGCUUAUUAAUUUGUAGACAUUUAUGAAGCUGUAUUUAUAUUUCGUUUAGUAGUUUAGUGUCACUUUAUGUGAAUCGUGCUAGGAAAUUAUUAAUGCGGAGUAUCUUCUAUGAGAUCGUAACAUUACCUACGACACACCUUGGUUCGCACCAUCAAAUAUAGCCACAAUCCCAAAUAUUCUAUUCAAGUUUAAUAAAUGCUAAUUCUUUAAUCCCA